AUGAGCUGGCUCGGGCAUCACUUCUCCAGGCCCCACGAGGACAUUUCCUUGCUCAGUACACAUGCGCCACUCUUCUCCCUCAUGUCAUCUGAAGAUGAGCAUUUAAUUUCCAACUUGAGGAGCCAAGUACCAGCUCGAACCGUGGUGAAGCAGCCUAUCCGCGGAGCCAGCAGCAGGACCACAGUCACGACCAUCGUCCAGACUGGUGGGGACUGGAGCACCGGCCUCUUCAGCAUCUGCAAAGACAGGAAAAUCUGUUUCUGUGGUCUCUUUUGUCCCAUGUGUCUUGAGUGUGACAUUGCCAGGCAUUAUGGAGAGUGCCUUUGUUGGCCACUGUUACCAGGGUCUACCUUUGCACUGAGAAUUGGCACCAGAGAGAGACAUAAGAUACAGGGGACACUCUGUGAAGAUUGGAUGGUGGUGCAUUGCUGCUGGCCUUUCUCCAUCUGUCAGGUGGCCCGAGAACUCAAGAUGAGAACCUCCCAGCUCUACGAGAUCUGUGCAGUCCAAGCACCCAAGGACAGCCUGGUUUGA